AUGGCGUGGUUGACUUUAAAUAGGAAAAAUACUGUUGGAAAGAAUGGGAAACGAGCUCGAGAACUUCUAUAUGCUGAAAUCCCAGCAUAUUUUACUUGGGAUGGAACGAAUAAGCAGUGGAAAAAAAGAUCAAGAGGUUUUUCUUUGGGUCGUAUUAACUACGUACCUAGAAAAAUGGAAGAUGAAUACUAUCUUAGGGUUCUGCUUAACAUUUUCAGAGGUCCAACGAGUUUUGAUGAUAUCAAAACAUUUAAUGGUGUUGUGUAUCAAUCUUACAAAGAAGCAUGUUUUGCAAGAGGAAUUCUAGAUGAUGAUCAAGUUUUCAUUGACGGUCUAAUUGAAGCAAAUUCUCUUGCUAGACCGGAACAAGUAUGGUUAAAAACGUGCCACCUUUUGUCAGAGGACAUAGAGACAAAAAAGAGAGAAGAGUACAACAAUCCAGAACUAACUCUCACGGAAGCUCAGAUAAUAAAUUAUAUUUUUCAAGAAAUAGAGAUGAUUAUGUUGUUUAAUGGUGGAACUCUCAAAGAUAUUGCACAUUUACCGCAGCCUUCACGAGAAGAUAUUGAUAACUCCAACCGAUUAAUUGUUGAUGAAAUGAGAUAUGACCGUGUCUACUUGGAAGAAAAGCAUGUCGAAUGGGUACAGAUGCUAACUACUGAGCAGAGGAGUAUAUACGAUGAGAUCACCGGGGCUGUAUUCAAAGAUUUGGAUGCAGCUGCUGUUAGAUCAAGAGGACAGGUUGUUCUUAAUGUCGCCUCAAGUGGCAUCGCUUCUUUAUUGUUAGAAGGUGGUAGGACUGCACAUUCAAGGUUUGCCAUCCCAUUGAAUCCUGAUGAAUAUUCUGUUUGCAAAAUCAAGCCUAAAUCAGAUCUAGCUAAGUUGAUAAAAGAAGCAUCUCUUAUUAUCUGGGAUGAAGCACCAAUGAUGAGCAAGUUUUGUUUUGAAUCUUUAGAUAAAAUCUUAUCUGAUAUUAUGAAGAACAGAGAUAACAAGGUAUUUGGUGGGAAGGUGGUUGUUUUUGGAGGUGAUUUCAGACAAGUUCUUCCAGUAAUAAAUGGAGCAGGGAGGGCAGAAAUUGUGAUGUCUUCACUUAAUGCUUUGUAUCUGUGGGAUCACUGCAAGGUCCUAAAGUUGACUAAAAACAUGCGACUACUGUCAGACAAAUUAAGUGUUGAUGAAGCUAAAGAUAUCCAAAAAAUUUCAGAUUGGUUAUUGGCUGUUGGUGAUGGUAGGAUUAAUGAGCCUAAUGAUGGUGAGGCAGUAAUAGAUAUUCCAGAAGAAUUGUUGAUUACAGAAGCUGAAAAUCCAGUAGCAGCAAUUUGUAAGGAAAUCUAUGGAGAUCCAACAGAGAUGCACAAAAACAAUGAUCCUAAAUUCUUUCAAAAGAGACCAAUUUUAGCACCGACCAAUGAUGAUGUCAAUCCAAUUAACCAUUAUAUGCUACAACAUUUGCAAGGAGAAGAAAGGAUCUACCUAAGUGCUGAUAGUAUAGAUCCGACUGACUCAGAUUCACUGAACAAUCCGGUUAUCACUCUAGAUUUCUUAAACAAUAUCAAGCUGUCAGGUUUGCCACACCAUGCUUUACGUUUGAAGAUUGGUUUGCCGGUUAUGCUACUUAGGAAUAUUGAUCCCAAAGGAGGGCUGUGUAAUGGAACUAGACUCCAGAUUACUCAACUUGCUAAUCACAUUGUGGAAGCUAAAGUAAUAACAGGAGACAAAAGUGGUGACAUAGUUUUAAUCCUUAGCAUAAACCUUACACCUUCAGAUACCAAACUUCCUUUCAAGAUGCGUAGAAGAUAG